GUGGCCCAAAUAGUGAUUAUUAUUUUUUUUUUUACAGUCGACAUUUAGUCUACAUUUCACUUGUAGACUACACCGUGUGAGGAACUUAUAGUCUCAAAGAAGUCCACAUCUCAAGAGAAAUACAAAGAUUGUUAACUAACAGAACCGCCAGUGAACGCAGUGGCUAGAAGCUCUUUCGCGAACAGGAGCAGAGUAACUUUCAGACAAAAUCAGACAAGAGUCACUCUUCUGGAUGAGUUCAGUGAGAACAAACCGUAGGGAGGCAUACAAAACAUCUGCCAACAGGAUGGAUAACAGUGGAGAUUUUGAACGUGCGGUGGAGGAGAUGGAGUGGGAAGACGUGAUAUCCACUCUCCAGGUGGCAAUUGAUGAACUACUGGGAAACGCACCCAACCCUCCACCCUGUCCUCUUCCUGUCCCUGAUGGGCUUGUAGGAAAUGAUGCCCACCCUCAGACAGUGGAAAGUCUGAGCGGAGGAUAUGGUGGGUACUUCCCACUGGGAGCACCUCCCCACACUUGUGAGCAGCCAAGUCCGUUGAUGACUCCUUCAGGACUGAACGCUGGACAGGCUGCACCCAUCAUCUACCAAGGAGCACUGUAUGAUCAGAGCGUCAUGCAGUCAGGUCACCUGCACAGUCAGGCAUGUGCUUAUAGCCAGGGACAGUGGCCUGUGGAUGACGUCCCAAGAUCAGCAGCCGCUAGUUACCCUGCUGCUCCUCCAUACCCAUAUGGCUAUGCGCCAGCGGUGAGGCACCUUGAAGGCACGGGCCAGAGCCUGCCUCCAGUUGGAGUGCUGAAUGGACACCUGGUUUACGGGACCACAGCAGAUGUUUUCGCUUCUUCUUACUUUGCUGCUCCUCCGCUGAACACCUCCGUGUCAAACAAGGAAAACCAGUGCGAUGAAUUUCAGCCAUACGUAAAGAAGCCGCCCAAUGCAUUCAUGCUGUUCAUGAAGGCGCAGAGGCCGAAAGUUAUGGCCGAACUGAAAAUCAGCGGGAGUGUGGUGGUAAACACUAUCCUGGGACAGAGGUGGAAGUUGCUGUCAAAUGAGGAAAAGGCCAAAUAUAUUGAAGAGGCACAAAAAGAGAAACAGCUUCACUCACAGCGACACCCCUACUGGUCAUCCAAGGAAAAUUAUGGCAAAAAGAGAAGUAGGAAGAGGAACGUGUUCACCCCCAGUGUUCGAGGGUCUGCAUCUAAACUCAGAGAGGCCACUCAACGGGCCAAGAAGCUGUGUGUGACCCCAGUGCAGACAGCAGUGAAGGAGCCUUCUCCGCCACAGAGAACGUCAAUGGAGCCUUCUCUCUCUCACACAGCAGUGAUGGAGCCUUCUACAUCUCACAGAGCAGUGAUGGUGCUUUCUCCGUCACAGACAGCAGUGAUGGAGCCUUCUAUCUUACAGACAAGCGUAAUGGAGGCUCCUGACACACAGGCAGCCGUGAUGCAGCCGCCUCACGUGCAGGCAGCAGUGACUCUGCAUGUGUGUGACUUCUGUCACCUGCCACAUGUGUAUAAGACCUACUGGCUGAACUCUCCAACAGCAACAGCGUCCACAGUGCUGAUCCACCCUGCUGGUCUCACCCGCUGCACCGACUAAAACACAUACAUUGGAGCCCAGCCACUUGUUCACUGAUGAUGGAGCAGCUUGAGCGAUUGUGUUUUUCUGUCUUUUUCUUUCCUGUGUGAGAAAUAAAGUUGCUCUGAAUUACAAACUUA